AUAAUCAAAUAAAAUAAUAAUAAAUGAUAUACUCCUACGUGUGAAAAAAAAAAUCUUUUCAAGUACAAACAAGGGUGAAGGCGAAGCAGGUGGAUUAGAUAUUGUUAAAUGAAUUAAAUAAAAACAUGAUAGGUAUACGCGUUAGUAUUGUGUGUUGCAAGAGCAAGACCAAUUAGCUUCGUCUUCGAGAAUGGGCAAGCCCAUGUCUGUCCCUAUCUCUAUCCCUCUGCUGCUGCUGCUCCUAAUCUCAUCUACAGAAGGAGAGCCGAGUCCAGCGCCAUGGCCACAGCAAUUCCACGCAAUUUUGUGGAUGAAUUACAGUGGGAUCCUCCAAAAGAUCGAUCUCUGGUACGAUUGGCCCAACGGAAGAAACUUGAACCUCAUCCAGCACCAGCUGGGUAAGCUAGUGUACGAUGUCGAAUGGAACAACGGCACUUCCUUCUUUUUCAGUUUGGACGCCGACAAGGAGUGUUCCUCCGCGCAAUUAGAGGUUGGGAUCCUCCGGCCUAACUGGCUGGACGGAGCCAAAUAUCUGGGUCAGCGCCACGUGGAUGGAUUCCUCUGCAAUGUUUGGGAGAAGGUGGAUUUCAUUUGGUACUGUGAGGAUGCUGUCACCAAGAGGCCCGUUCACUGGGUGUUUUACACUGGAAGGGAAGCUCAUGUGAUGACGUUUGAAGUGGGAGCUGUCCUUGAAGAUGCGAAAUGGCAAGCCCCCGACUACUGUUUUGACAAGAAAAGUGCGAAAGAUCAAGUUAUGUAAUGAAAUUGAUUACCACUAUAUUUUUAAAAAUUCUUCGAUUAUCUAAUUAAUAAGCUGUAAGCACAAUGCUCUCUGUUCAUAAUUUUGUUUCUCUUUGAAUUAAUAGUUUAAUACUUCUGAUUAAUGUA